AUGGCGUGUCCAUUCCUUCAAGGCACGCUCGCCCAGCCGCCGCGGCAAAUCUCAGCGGAACAAGAGUUCGCCAACAUCCGCUCACAAUACCCAUCUCUCUCUUCAACGGGCUGCACGACAAAGUUUUGCCAGUCCGGUCGGAUGACGCACAUGGACGAGGAGCGCGUCGGCCGGAAUCAGUCCUACGCCCAAGUCCGCGAGGAUGCGCUCGACUUCCUCCAGCAAAUGUACAAGGACGGUCUCAUUGACACGGAGCAGCUGCACCACCGGGCACACGAGGUCCUUCAGGAGAUUCAAAAGAACUCGACAGAGGGCAAGUUCACAACGGCGUCCGAAUGCGGAUCGGAGGCGCCACCGGCAGCAACGGUCGGCUUGGUGGGUGGCCUGUGGACGCAGACUUUUGAAGAACUCGAGUUCGGGCUUCGGACGGCUUGGAAGCAUGCUCGGAAGUGCAUCAUGCGAUCAGAGUAUAGCAACUUGAGGCUAUGCGACCUGAGACAUGUUCGCACGAGCAAAAAGAUGGCCGAGACUCUUAUUGAGAACUUGAGAGUGGCCUACAACUCGGGUGAAAUCAACCCGACAGUCUUUGUCUUCCCUCCCAGAGACAUUGACAGCCGCGGUCCCAUGAUCUGGAACUCACAACUCUUGUCCUUUGCAGGGGUAAGUCUUUCUCCCCUUCCAUACGAGAACCGAACAAGUCGACUAACACGGAUAAAGUACCAACAAUCAAACGGCACAAUCCUCGGAGACCCCGCCAACGUGGAACUCACAAACGCCAUUAUCGAGCUCGGCUGGACACCGCCGCGCUUCCGCUCACAAUGGGAUCUGCUUCCCCUUGUCACCAUGGCCGAGGGAGAAGAGCCCGUCAUCACCGAGCUCCCCAAGGACGCAUUCCCUCUGGUGCAUAUCCGCCAUCCCAAGCACCCCGAGCUCGAGACCCUUGGCCUGCGUUGGGUUCCUGCGCCAGCACUCAGCCGCCUUGGCUUUAGCAUCGGCGGUGUCCAGUACACCGCUGCGCCCUUUAUUGGGUGGUUCAUGGACGCCGAGAUUGGUGUUCGCAAUCUCGCAGAUUCCUUCCGCUACAACGCGCUUCCGCAGGUCGCCAAGGCGAUUGGCUUGGUCGAUGGCGAUGUAGAUGACCUCCCAGACUACGAGCGUCUGGCGGUGCUGUCCCGCGCGCAGCUCGAGCUCAACUACGCCACAUACUGGUCCUUCGCUCAGGCGGGUGUCAGAAUGUCAGAUUCCCUUGGCGCGGCCGAGCAAUUCGCCCAGUUCGAUGACGAGCACCUCAUGAACAACGGCUUCCGCCUCCCCUCUGACCCGUACUGGCUGGCACCGCCUCAAGGAUCCAUCAUCCCCAUCUGGCACCGCGGCGGCUCACCAAACUACCAACCGAAGCCCUUGAUCUGCCGCCACGCCCAAGAUCCCAUCAAGGCCUGGCGCCGACAACGACAGGCCCGCCCCGCGGCGCGGCCUUCUCACCACUUCGCCUCGGACACGAAGCUCAACAUCUCCAUCCCCGUGGUGCCGUCCAUCUCCCUCACGAGGCCCGUCACGCCAGUCUCCCCCUUCGGCACCGCCUCUUCCCCGCCGACCUUUCUCCCCAUCCCUCCUCCGGCCUCGCAGCAGCAGCAGCAGGUAUUCAGGCCCACCACGCCUCUGACGCCGUUGAGCCCCCGGGGGCCCGGGCGCAGGAUCUAUAUCGGAUUCUGCAGCUCGGGCAACGUCGCGAUCAAGCUUUGCAAGAGGCUGUGCGCGCAGCUGCAGCACGCGUGCGACAUCAACCCCAAGUUGGGGUCCGUCGUGGUUCCGUGCACGCUCAAUGCCCUGCCCAUCUCCAUGGUCGAGCCCGAUGACGUGCUGAUCAUCGUCGCCAGCACGACGGGUCGCGGUGAGAUCCCACAGAACGGCAAGGCCUUCGCCGAUGCGCUGGCGAGGAACCCCAAGGCCAUCUCGUGCCAGUAUGCCAUCUUCGCCAACGGCUCGCUGGAGUACGCCGACACCUACAACCAGGCCGCCAUGGACAUUGAGGAGCUCCUGAGCAAGGGUGACGCCCAGAGACUCAUUGGCAUGCGUGAAGCCGACACCGCGACAGAGAACCCUCCGUGGUCUGUCCUCGGCCAGUUCUUCGAUCAGGUUCUCGCGGGGCUUCAAAAGUCGAGCCCGCCACAAGACGAGAACAAGACGAGUGACGUGCAGCGGACCGCUCGCCAGGCUAGACCCUUUGACACCCGUCCGUGGUUUCUGGCAAAGGUCGUCGGGCAGCCUGUCCUGGGCACCGCCGCGGACGGCAUGAAGAGGGUCACCCUCGACCUGGGCGAUCGCGAGUACCCGACCAUGGGCAGCGUCUGGAUUCUGCCGCCAAACUCCCAGAACAAGGUGUCUCGCGUCCUGGGCGCCCUCGGCGUGCAGGCCGACGAGCGGCUGAGUCUUCCCGGUGAACCUACCGUGGGGGAGUUCUUCCAGCGGUUUGCCGACUUGGACCAGCCUUUCAAGUCUACACAGUGGGCGGAGUGGCUGUCUCUUCCCCAGCCGGAGACUCUGGCUAAGGUUCCAAUUGAGAAUGUGGUCCACCAGAUUCCUGCCAACUGGAGACAGUCCGUGACGCUGGACGUGCUGUGCAACGCGAUGCCGACGAUCCAGCCGAGGGAAUACUCCAUCGCCUCUGACGGUUCGAGAACGAAGCAAAAGAACGGAAACACGCUGGAUCUUCUGGUUCAGCACCACCCCAACGGCAAGUUCUCGGACAAGUAUCUCAACUGCUUCGAGACCUUUGGCGCCGCGACCUGCAAGAUCCGUCCUUCGUCACACCUGCAGGCCAUGGCCGAGAACCAAGACAAGCCGAUGAUCGUCUUCACAACCGGAUCCGGCAUGGCUCCUGUCCGCGGACUCCUGCAGAACCGUCUUCAGCGUCUUCGUUCCUCGGGCGACAAGUCCGCCAAGGGCCCCGCGAUCAGCCUCUUUGCCGGCUUCAAGGCGGCCGACGAGUCUCUCGUGCGCGAAGCGGUACAGGAAGCAAGCGAGGCCGGCAUCCUUGAUAUCCUCAGGCUGACGGGGAGUAACAAGGAGAAGAGGAGGGCGCAGGAUGCGAUGCUCGAGGCUGGCGUCAGGGAGAAGCUAGUAAAAAGCAUCGAGGAUGGCGCUCUCGUGUUUGCGUGCGCUAGGCCGAGGGCCGUUGAUGAUUUCUUGAAUAAUUUGAGCGAGGUGUUGGGUCGGGAUGCUAGGGAGGUGUUGGGCGAUCGGUUUAUUGCUGAUGUUUACCAGCCUGCUACUUGA